AUUAAAAUGAAAGGGAAACUUCAAAAGCAGAUCUGUCAGGUCGUUCUGGAUCAUUUUGAGAAGCAGUACACAACGGAACUGGGAGAUACAUGGACUCGUGUCAGAGAUGUACUCACAUACCCGUUGUGCUGGCAGUACGCUGUCCUGCUUAACAAGUUCAGCCAGUCCGCUGAACUGGAGAACACCUUGCGUGUGAAGGGAUAUCAUCCUGCCUUUCGAGGACCUUUGCCCUAUCUUCCUGCAUCGUUGAAGUGCUACAUCAGGAGAACUCCUGGGAGAUUCCCUGCACAAAAACACCAGGCUGGUAGACUGAAAGAGUAUUUUCUGCUGAAUGCUGCUUCGCUGUUGCCAGUGCUGGCAUUGGAAGUGAGAGAUGGGGAAGACGUUUUGGAUCUCUGUGCUGCACCAGGGGGUAAAUCAGUAGCUACACUGCAGUGUGCCUAUCCAGGUCGGUUUCACUGUAAUGAAUAUGAUGAUUUGAGGUCAAGAUGGCUGAAACAGACAAUAGAAUCCUUCAUCCCGGAUCCUAUGAUUAACUUAAUAACAGUCUCUAAACUGGAUGGUAGAGAGAUUGGAGAUAUUAAACCUGAAUUGUACGACAAGGUACUAGUUGAUGCUCCUUGUUCAAAUGACAGAAGUUGGCUAUUCUCUUCUGAUAUUCAGCAAGCUACACUUAGGCUAAUACAAAGGAAAGGGUUAUCUUCUCUGCAAUUCCAGCUGCUAAGGUCUGCUAUUAAAGCAUUGCGUCCCGGUGGAUCUCUGGUCUAUUCUACGUGCACUCUCUCAAAGGCAGAAAACAGCAGUGUAGUAAAUCUCAUUCUAAACUCCUGCAGUAAUGUUAUGCCUGUAGACAUAAGUGAAAUGGGCAAAGCUGUUUCUCAGGAAUUCACUUUUCUCAGUGGUAUGCAACAGCAUGAACUUCUGGUUCUCCCAGAGAAAGGGAGAGCAUGGGGUCCAAUGUACGUAGCCAAGUUAAAGAAAAUGUAGUCCAUCUGAUGCCUGUUAGUUUUUUU